AUCAAAACUUGAGUGCCGACGCCAAGGUGUGUAUUGUUGGAUGGAUGUUCAGAUUCCAACAUGAUACCGCGUUCGCUCACUCUCAACUUCAAUUGAUCAAUCACCAAAAUCCUUUUCUCUCCUUUGCAAAAUCUGAAUCAACAACACACAGCAAAACAUCUCACUCAACCACACCAACAACACUUCAGAUCUACGAUUCCAAUCCCACGACACAAAAAGAUAAACAAAAACCGAUUUCUCCAAGCGCCCUCAAUAUGGCGCCCACACCCUUCACUUCAUUACCCUUCGUCUUCGUUACCCUUCUGUCAAUUCUCCACCUUUCGCACUGCAAGACCCUAAAGCGUGACGUCAAGGCUUUGAACGAGAUCAAGGCUUCUCUUGGGUGGAGAGUGGUGUAUGCGUGGGUCGGUGAUGACCCUUGCGGUGAUGGGGAUCUUCCUCCUUGGUCUGGUGUCACGUGUUCCACUGUCGGUGAUUAUCGUGUCGUGACCGAGCUUGAGGUGUAUGCGGUGUCGAUUGUCGGACCUUUUCCUACUGCUGUAACCAGCUUACUGGAUCUUACACGGCUUGAUCUUCACAAUAACAAGUUGACAGGGCCUAUUCCUCCUCAAAUUGGACGGUUGAAGCGUCUUAAAAUACUAAAUUUGAGGUGGAACAAACUACAGGAUGCAAUUCCUCCAGAAAUUGGUCAGCUCAAAAGUUUAACACAUCUGUACCUAAGCUUCAACAAUUUCAAGGGAGAAAUUCCCAAGGAGCUAGCAAAUCUGCCAGACCUUCGCUAUCUUCAUCUCCAUGAAAAUCGUUUAACCGGAAGAAUACCACCAGAAUUGGGCACUCUACAAAACCUUCGGCACUUGGAUGCUGGUAACAAUCAUUUGGUGGGUACCUUAAGGGAACUCAUUCGUAUUGAAGGUUGCUUUCCAGCCCUACGCAAUCUAUAUCUAAACAAUAAUUAUUUUACUGGAGGAGUACCUGCACAACUUGCUAACUUAACCAGUCUUGAAAUAUUGUACCUAUCCUACAACAAAAUGUCAGGAGUUAUACCAUCUAGCAUUGCUCAUAUUCCUAAAUUGACAUACUUGUACUUGGAUCACAAUCAGUUUUCAGGGAGAAUUCCUGAUCCCUUUUAUAAGCAUCUAUUUUUGAAAGAAAUGUACCUCGAAGGAAAUGCAUUCCGGCCUGGUGUCAACCCCAUUGGUUUUCAUAAAGUGCUUGAAGUUUCUGAUUCAGACUUCCUUGCUUAAUAAAAGCUCUAAAUACUUAUAAUUUUUCAGGAACUGUACUUGUAUAAUUAUUGAAAAAAUCUUGUUCCUCUAAUUACCUUAAUGAAAUACCCACAUAGGUAAUUCAAUUUUGUCUAAUCUGUCUUGUGGUAAUAAACAGUCUUUUGUAGUUUACUAUUUAAGAGCUUUCCACGUUUCCAACAAGUUGUAAUAUAUAGUCAUGAACUCUUGUAAUCAGCUUCAAAAUUGAAGAAUGAUAUUGCAUAUUUUUUCAGUAAAAGAAUAUUACUAUACGAAAAA